GUGUGUGUGUGUGUGUGCGUCUCUCAGUCUAAACGUGUAGAAACCUUGACAAAGAUCUUGUCAUGUGAUCAGAUCAUGGUAGUGUGGCACACACUCGUUUGUUGAAGUAUUCAGCCGACAGCCAGGAUCCACUCUUCAGCCACCUGCUUUUCCGUGAGGUUGUCGCCAUGGCAAAUAACCCAGUGUUCAUGCAGCCUGGUGUCUAUGAGAAGACACUGUCUCGAGAAUGGAGCACAGGAGUCUUCCAGUGCACUGAAGACAUGGAAUCAUGCUGCUGUGGUUUCUGGUGUUACUGGUGUUUCACCUGCCAGACAGCUGAUGAGUUUGGAGAGCUCACUUGUCUCCCCCUAGUGGACAUGUGCUUUGGCGGUUGUGUGAGACCAGUCACCAUGUCAGUGAGGGCUGUUAUGCGCCGACGCUACGGCAUCCAGGGGACUCUCUGUAAUGACUGUGUGUGCUCAGUCUUCUGUCCACCAUGUGUUUGGUGUCAAAUGUACAGAGAGAUGAAGAGGAACGUGCAACCAAUCACGUUCGUCAACGUCAACACACGGCAGCGAUAGGGUGUAGGGCGCCUUCUCUCAUCAUCAUCAUCAUCAUCAUCAUGUUUAUUUGUAUACUCCUUCUCCUAUGAAGAAUUUCCAUAUAAAUGCUCAUGUUUAUACAGUAAAUACACUCUUAGAAAAUAAGAUGCUAGAUAUGCUAUAUUCAAAUAUUUUGAUACUCUGUAUUUUUUUUAUUUCCAAGAGCUGUGAACUGUAAUCAUCAAGAUUAGAAUAAUCAAGAUUAAAACAGAAAAAUACUUGAAACAUUUCAUUAUAUGUGUAAUAAAUCUAGAUUACAUGAACGUUUCAAGUGUGGCAAUGAGAUUGCAUGUGUUUUUGUUUGUUUGUUUGUUUGUUUUUACUGUGAGGUCAAGGACCGUAAUCUCUGAUGAGAUCCGAGCCACUAGAACAUUGCAGUGCUACGUAUCAAUACAGUACAGUACAGUACAGUACAGUACAGCUGAAUGAGCACAGUAGCAUUGCCUGUGGAUUGUUCUGUAGGACCGUAAAAAUAAAGUAUGUUUCAAGU